AUGAGACCGAAAGAAGCGAGACAAUACAUUGAAAGCUUUUUACAGCAGUGGCGGCCUGUAUUUGGCUGUGGCGAUGUGGAUGAUGCAGAGUCGUCGACAUCGGAUUUGGUACUUCGGAAGAACAGUGGAAAUAAUCCCAGACGUAAAACCACCAAGAAGAAUACCCAAAAAUGGCUACGUCAGGUUUCAAACAAGUUAAUGGAGCAAACUAAAAUUGAAAGAAACAACACAGACUCGACCAGUGACUCGCACAGUGCUGAACCCAGUAUUCCAAGCACCAUCGAGACAAGUACAAAAAUUCAAAGUCUUUCCCAGGCGAACCUGAUCAAUGAUUCUCAAAUCAACGAACCUAUUCCAGCUGCCGUUGAAACUACAAGUAUUGGUAGUCUUACGAACACCGACGUGACAGGAGACUCCCAAUUCGAAGAGACGAUGAUUCGAUCUCCCGUCAAGCCUACACAACGUGCAUGCAGUUUCGAAAAUAACGGCUUGCCAAGAAGUCAGAUCCAAAGCGAUGAACCUGCACUAGCUACCAUUGAAAACACUCGCCGUGUUCAAAGUCUUCCAAAUGCUUCCACUCAUAACAAUAGGCCGUUACGACGCCAGAAACGCAAUCCCGAAAGAGAAGCGUUUUUCAAAGUAAGAGUCUACGAUCUUGGUUACAGUGGUGAUGAUGACAUCCUAGCUCUGUCUACAAUUGGUGGCGACACUCAACAAGCCGACGAUAACAAGGGUUGGCCAAAUGAUUUCUACAAGCCCAAGAAUUAG